GUCAACCUACGGAAAGAAACGGGUGAUAAAUCACUCCAAACACUAAAUCGCUUGCUGUCCAAUCGUUUUCUUUCCCCUCUUUCUCAUCUUCUCAGCUUUUCCGGCAAAAUAUUUUUCUUCCCUGGAGCAGAAAAGAUACCCAAAUUUCAAAUUCUCAUGGCACUUUCUUCCAUUUCUUCACUAUCGGUAAAAUGUUUACCCUUGAAUUCUUCUAAAUCAAGGCAUCCAUGUUCUCUACAAACUAGGAAACAAAUUUCCAUGGUAUCUCAGAUAAACCCACAAAAGGAUCAAACUCAAGGAAGAUUGUUCCGAGAGGAAGCACAUUGGUAAGAUUACAGAGCCCAAGAGAUGGCAAAAAUUGGUUUCAACUGCUUUGGCUGCUGCUGCAGUCAUUGGUUUUAGCUCAGGCAUGCCUUCAGUUGCUGAACUCAACAAGUAUGAGGCUGAUACCCGUGGUGAAUUUGGAAUUGGAUCCGCCGCUCAAUAUGGUUCUGCAGAUCUCAGGAAAGCAGUGCAUAUUAAUGAAAAUUUCAGGAGAGCCAAUUUCACAUCUGCUGAUAUGAGGGAAUCAGAUUUCAGUGGCUGUACAUUCAAUGGCGCAUAUCUUGAAAAAGCUGUUGCAUACAAGACAAAUUUCUCAGGUGCAGAUUUGAGUGACACAUUGAUGGAUCGUAUGGUAUUAAAUGAAGCAAAUUUUACAAAUGCAGUACUAGUUAGAUCGGUGCUAACACGAAGCGAUUUAGGCGGUGCCAUUAUCGUAGGUGCCGACUUCAGCGAUGCCGUCAUUGACCUUCCUCAGAAGCAAGCCCUUUGCAAGUAUGCGAGUGGAACGAACCCAGUGACGGGAGUGAGCACGAGGGCGAGCUUAGGGUGCGGGAACAGCCGGAGAAAUGCGUAUGGGACGCCGUCGUCUCCACUGCUGAGCGCGCCGCCGCAGCAGUUGCUUGACCGCGAUGGUUUCUGCGACCAAGACACUGGCCUUUGUGAGGCCACUAAAUAGGUAGAUAAAUACACUUUGAAGGAACUUUCCAGAAAAAAGUGUUGAUUGGUUUGUAUAUAUAUUAUAUAAUAUACUCUUUACAUGCAAAAGAAGAAGAAGAAGAAGAAGCAAUUACUGUUAUUUAUGUAUAUUUUUUAAAAAAAA